GUCCGCUGGGAUUUAUUUAUCCGUAAACUUCGUUAGCUACGGAACUCGGCUGUUCAAAAUGAGCGCCGCGCAGUGCGCAUCUCCGGCACUUAGCGCCGUAUGGCUCAGAUCGUAGCGCUGUAAACAACAGCGACCGUUCGGAUACCGGAAUUCGCGCGUUUCUUCCUUUAUAUCUUCCUCCAAGAGGAAUUCUUAUCCUCGAUUCCGUCGUACUGUGCAUGAUCGAGACCCGAUCUCUUCGUCAUGAGGCAUAAGAUGUUCAUAGGUCGGACAAUUCUCGUCCAGAACGGGAAGGUCGAAGAAGCGUUCCGGCAGCUGAACAGAGUCCUAGGAAUCGAAGGCAUUUUCGAUAUCUACAGACGGAACCGCUACUUCGAGAGACCUACUCUCAAGCGUCGGCGAGUCAACUAUGAGAUCUGCAGGGCUAUCUACGAUGAAGACAUGGCUCGUCGGCUGAAGCUUACUCUCCGCACAAACCGAGCUGAUCCAUGGCUAGGCAGUCAUUGAAGAGAAGCUUACACUGAAGAUAUAAUUUUGUUUUUCAUAAAUAUAGAGCAGAAAUGCGGGACUACGAGCCCGACGAGAGAUAAAUCAUUGUCCUCAAUCGACCGGGCGACCGACCAA